AUGGCGGCACCUGGCCGCUGCAGCCUCUCCGCUGCCGUUGUGCAGCACCUGCAGCGCCUGGGGCUGCAGGACUUCCCCUGCGGCCUUGGCAGCUGGAACAAGUCUCGCUUCAAUGCGCGCGGGAGGCCCCGCGGCAGGCCGCCGGGGCCAGCGGGGCAGGAGGAGGCUGUGCCGCCGGGAGAGGAGAGCCCUGAGGCACUGCUGCAGCUGCUGAGGGACAGGCACAGCCCCUGGGCCCUGCCUCCAGCCUGCAGCCCCCAGGAGCAGCUCCUGCGCGAGACGGCCGUGCUGGCCCCCGAGCUCAGCCGCCGCUCCCGCCUCGCCCGGCUGCUCCGCGUCCUGCGCCUCGUCGGCAAGGGAGUGGAGGAGGUGGAUGAGGGUCUGUUGCAGUUACAGCAGCUGGAGGAGCUCAUCCUCAGUGCCAACCACAUCAGCAGGAUAACCUCAGCCAACCUGCCCCGAGGGCUGAAGGUCCUGGAGCUCUGCUGCAACGCUGUGGCUGAUCUGCAGGACCUGUGUGUUCAGCCUCCUCCGGAGCUGCAGCACUUGGGGCUGGGGUACAACAGGCUGAGCAGCCCUUUGCAGGACAAUUACCUCACUGCAGUCUUCUGGCCAAAUCUUGUCUCCCUUGACCUGAGCUUUAACAGCCUCACAGAUCUGCUAGGGCUGGUCUCCCAGCUAACCAGUCUGCAGAAGCUUCGCAUCCUGGUGCUCCAAGGGAACCCCCUGGCUCUCAUUCACACUUACAGAGGCUUCCUCGUGGACAGCCUGCCCAAGCUCUCCAUCCUUGAUGACAUCCACAUAGGGCCUGAGGAGAGGCAGCAGUUCUGUGGUUUGGCAAGGCAGCCAGAGCUGAUCAGAAGCGAAGCACGAGUGGUUGUGAGCAUUGGGGAGGUCAAGGGAGUCCCUGAUCCCAGCACUCGUCAGCAGCUGGAGGUUGGCUCCGGGGCUCCGAUGGUCACCUACAGCUACUGUGUGACCUAUGAGUUUGCAGAGGGAGAAGAGAUGGAGGACAGCAGCAGCACUGAGGCAACAGGACUCCAGCAGCAUUCUGUGGUGGCCAUCCUGGAUGUGGACAGUUCUGCUGGGGACAAGAGGGAAACAAAGGGCCAUGAGGAGCCCAAGACCCACUCUGCAAAGGUGUUUGUCACUCCUGGGAAGCCCUGGGCAGACACCAUAGACUGCAGCUACAGGAAGGAGCACACUGCCAAGGACUUAGUGGGACUGAAGUCCUACCUGGAGACUGGAACGAUGGUCUCAGUUGUGGAGGAGAAGGUGCUCUCAUGGCCUGUCGACGCUAUUCCAGAGGAAAACGUUGUCAAGAAGGGGAAGGCGAAACAGGGACAGAUGUCGAGACAGAAGGACGGUGCCAAGGUUCCUGCACCCAGGGACAAGAAGAAAAAGAAGGAGAAGCCACGUGAAGUCCGCAGUGACCCUCCCAUUCGGAGGACCCUGGGCAGUGGGAGAGUGACCCUGGAGGCCCUGCUGGCCACCACAGACCUGCUGGCAACUGUGUGUGACUUUGGCAUCCUCAUCACUGAGCAGCCACUGCAGCCACCAAGUCUGGAGGAGAAGGACAGGAAAAAAGGCAAAGACAAGAGCAAAAAACCAAAAGCAGAAAGCCAGACGGCCAGCAGGAAAACCACAGCGUCUGCCAAAGGAAAAAGAAAAAGCAAAGACUCUGCUGAACUGGAGGAGGGUCAAGGUCUGCAGCCCGUGCCGCUGACGGUUCAAUUCCAGAUGCAUCUGCUCCGGUGGCCCUCAGCAGCCGCUACCCAGAGCCAGGAGAGCAUGGCCAGGGCAGCAGGGAACGCUCAGUAG